GGCCGGGCCGGGCCGGGCGGUGGCGGCCCGCACUUCCUCAGCCCCGCCGAGGCGGCGGAGCAGCCGCGGGAGCAUGGCCCAGCGCCGGGAGCCGCUGGAGCGGGAGCUGAUGGCGCUGGGGUGGUACCAUGGCAAUCUCACCCGGCACGCAGCAGAAGCACUGCUGCUCUCCAACGGGCAGGAUGGGAGCUAUCUUUUGAGGAAGAGUAAUGAAAGGGAAGAUUUGUACUCUCUCUCUGUAAGGGGAAAAGAUUCUGUGAAACACUUCCAUGUUGAACAUACAGGAACUUCAUUCAAAUUUGGAUUUAAUGAGUUUUCUAGCUUGAAGGAAUUGGUCAUGCAUUUUGCAAACCAGCCUUUAAUUGGAAGUGAAACAGGAACUUUAAUUGUAUUGAAGCAUCCCUACCCAUGGCAAGUGGAAGAACCUUCCAUUUAUGAGUCUGUCCGAGUUCACACUGCAAUGCAGACGGGAAGGACAGAAAGCGACCUUGUCCCAAACGCUCCCUCACUUGGUACCAAGGAAGGAUAUUUGAUAAAACAAGGCAAAAUAGUCAAGAGCUGGAAAACAAGGUGGUUUACACUGCAUAGGUAUGAACUUAAGUACUUCAAAGACCAGACAGCUACGGAACCCAUUCGAGCACUUGACUUAACUGAAUGCUCAGCUGUGCAAUUUGACUAUUCCCAGGAAAGAGUAAAUUGUUUCUGUUUAGUGUUCCCACUAAGGACCUACUACCUGUGUGCCAAAACUGGGAUAGAAGCUGACGAGUGGAUUAAAAUCCUGCGGUGGAAACUGUCCCAAAUCCGGAAGCAGCUGGAGGAGCACAGCGCCACCCUCAGUUCCUAGCUGUGUGCCCGCGCUCCUGCUCCGCUGGCAGGAAUUGCCUCUCCAAGGGGAAGGCACUGCCUAGAGGGCAGCCUCACGUCUCCAGUGCAGUCUGUGCCCCCACAGAGCCAUCACCCAGCUCUGCACACACGGGAUCUGCAGCUCUGGGUGCUCUGGGGCACUGAGUCACACCUGGGGGCGGCUUCAGAACCAGAGAGUGGGUUUGAUACGCGUGGUGUGUGCCUGUAAUGCACUUGAUUCAAACAACUAAUCACAGAAGUGGACACUGCUCAAAACUUUUGUGGUUAUUCAGAGCACUCAGUAAUUUAUUGCAAGCUCCAUCACAACUAAGCAUCAGUAUCAUGUUCUGUAACCUCGAACAUUUUAAACAGGUCCUUUCUGGAAACAUUAAAUAUCUUUUUAUUACCUGUUUAGGCUUUAAACUAAAAGGUCAGAAUUGCAUUUUGUAAAUAGUAUCUAUAUUGCAAUCCAGACAGUGGUAUUUAAAGGCCCUUUUCGAAGUGAUAGAUGUGCAACAGUUCUGGUCAAACAAUUUUUUUAUGGUUUAGCUUUAUAACACAGUGAUGUUUCAAAGAGCGUAUGUCUGUAACGGUGAGCAGCAUCAUGUAGGCACACUGAUCCACAAGCCAGGGCUAUGAGAAACAGUAGCUGUUUCCUGGCACUUACAGGGCACACAUUUAACAGCAUUGUGGCUCACUACAGAGACAAGUGGAACCCCAUGAUGUUGGUGCUGUACUCAAAAUAGAUGUUACAUUUUGGAAGCAAAGUUUGACACACUGGAGAGGCUCAAGACCAGCUUGACGCAGCUGCAAGAUCCCCUGAGCAAUCCUGUGCCUUCUGGAGGGCUGGGCAAAGAGGAAGGAACCCUCUCUCCCUGCAUAACAAUCAAAUUUAUGCUGAAACAGCAUCUGCAAACCUCUCCUGCUAUGCAAUACUGCAGUCUGUGUUUGGUAUUGCUCAUGCAGAAGGUGUUUGAUAAUUGCCUUUACUGGGAGAACAGUGCAAAAGAGGAAGGCAAAAGCAUAUUAGAAGAAAGAAAAUCUAGAUUUGGACAUAUAAAUAGCAUUUUAUUUCAACCUAAAAAUUCAAAGUAUGUGUAAAUAUUUUUAUACAGAUUGUUUUCUGAAUAAAAUGUCAUUAUAAAACUACCACAAGUCUUACAUUCCUGUACUGUAUAGUUAAAGCUCCGCCCUCCUUCUUCCCUUAAUGAAGCUUUAACAAACUGGCAUCUCCCAUUUAGUUAAAAACCUUUGUGAGUCGGUGUGAGAGAGAGGCAGCAUAAGGGGAAGAGAGAGAUGACCUUCUCCAACAGCAUCACUGUCCUGUCAACAUGGCUUGGAAACCGAGCUUGUAGGGAAACCACAACCAUAGCCUUCCCUUUUUCACAGCAACAGGCUGCUUCACAAAACCCUGGAAACAAGUUCAGCAGACGGUGUCACAAACUGAAGCCAGUGACAGAAACGGUGCCUGGGUGCCUUGGAAGCCGCCACAGACGGAUGGGUUGAGCAGAAGCAAACAGCAAGGGGAGGCCUUUGCUGGAGUGCAAACACAUUUUACCAGAAACACACAAACCUUCCAGCUGCUUCUGUCAUGACCAGCAACAGAAGUCCCAUUCCAGCUUAGUUUAAAUGGAAAAGGGUUGACUGACAAGCUGUAAUGUCCUUUUGAGCCAAGAACUCCCAGUUGUCAUUGCCAGCACCAGUUUCCCCCACCCUCCAGAGGCCCAUGAGGUGUGAACACAGGGCCAUGGCAUCUCCUCUCCCAGCCUGGGGCACACACCUGCCCAGAGCUUCUCCCUGCAGUGCUGGGCAGGUGUCAUAAGGGGACAUGGGAGGGAGCAACGGGGUGGGGCUAAGAGCACAGGCUUGAUCCCCGGCAACAGGAUCCCUGCACUGCCCUGGGACUUGGUAUCCCUACUGCCCAACCGAGAGACAUACUGGCUGGUUUUCAGCCUAUAAAUUCAUGGAUUCUGGACAUUUACAAUUAAGAGACCUGUUCUGUCUAGAGACAGGCACGUGGUGUGGGGUAUUACAGUGCAACAGAAGAGUGGACCAGGCUCUGUCAU